AUGUCAUCAGAAGCGCUGGCUACACUACUGGCCCAGCCAGCCCUCCCACCACCACCCGGCGUCACAGCCAAUUUUGAUAACCCACCGAACAAAAAUACCCUCGCGUGGGUGGUGACGACCUUGUGCCUGGUAGUUGCUACAAUAUUCGUGUUAUUACGUUUGUGUGCUCGUGUCUGGCUGGAGAAAAAGAUGCGCCCGGAGGAGGUUGAUUCUUGUCUAUGGAUGCUGCUACUCGGCAGUUCUGCCUCUAAUCAAGACCGCGAUCUUACUGGACUGGUGUAG